UUCUCUCUAGAUCUCUGACAUUUAUGUUCAUACUUAGCAUUUCCUUAUCAAGCUAAACAAGUCUAUUAACUAGGGCUUGAUCAACAGUUAAGUAAAUCAAUCAAGCCACUCAAUCAGACAAUGAGCCGAGGUGGGAGCUUUGGAGGCGGACAAAGCUCGCUAGGUUAUCUUUUCGGAUCGGACAAUGAGGCUCCAAAAAGUCUCCCACCGGCUGCCCCAAAGCCUACACCACCGUACGGCGUAGAUUCCACCGAAGACGACAACAAACCUGACCAAAAGCAUAAGAUGUCUAACAACAACAACUAUCACAGAGCUAAGGGCCAAAACUCCGGCAACUUUGUCACAGAUCGUCCAACGACCAAGGUUAAAUCUGUUCCUGGUGGAAGUUCAACUCUUGGAUACUUAUUCGGAGAUAAGUAAAGGUCCUAAAGCAAUGAGAAUGAAAUUAUAAACCUAGGGUUUGUAAUAUGAGCUAAUGUGUAGUAGUGAUCCCUAUCUAUAUUUCAGCGCAUUUCUUAUUUAUAUGUAUGGACGUGUGUUUUGAGUUUGCAGUAAAAUUUUAUUUUCAAGUUGUGGAAUAAAUGGUUUCUAG